AUGGCCAUCCAACCAAUUGACCCCGUGUCAGACGAGCGCAUCGAACACAAGACAACGAAGCUAAAUGGAUAUACAUAUCACUAUCUCUAUGCUGUACCAAAGGGUGGGCAGUAUACAGAAACGGUAUUCCUGAUUCACGGAUGGCCCGAUCUGUCCAUGGGGUGGAGGUAUCAGAUUCCGCUUCUAGUGGAUCUGGGCUUUCGAGUCGUGGUGCCUGAUAUGAUGGGCUAUGGCGGUACUGAUGCACCAGAAGUUCCCCCCAACUCAAUCAGGCUCUACGGUAUGAAGAGAGCUUCAGACGAUAUUGCCGCACUAGCCAAAGAACUGGGCGUUUCAAGGGUCAUUCUUGGUGGCCAUGACUGGGGAGGUUUCGUCGUGUGGCGAGCAGCACAAUGGUACCCAGACCUCGUCUCGCACGUCUUCUCCGUGUGCACCCCUUACUCACCCCCUCACGACGAAUACUUCUCCGUCGAAGAUCUUGUCAAGGGCCCACUACCUCAGUUCGCGUACCAACUCCACCUCGCAUCUGGUGAGGUUGAGAAGACUGUGAAAGAUGAGCAAUCCAUCAGGCAGUUCUUAAAGGCCCUGUAUGGUGGGAGGGGCCCGAAUGGAGAGUUGGCGUUCGAUCCGGAGAAGGGCGUGCUGGCAGAGAACUUGCCGACGAUUGGGGAGAGUAGGCUUUUAAACGGGAAGGUCCUCGACUACUACGUCAAAGAGUAUAGUAAACACGGGAUCCACUCUACUCUGAAUUGGUACCGCCAAAGAAGGUCAAACUGGGAAGAGGAUCAAGCCCUGCUCGACAAGAAAAUCAUCAAACAGCCCGUCCUAUUUAUCCAGGCAACGCAUGAUAGUGUACUGAAGCCCGAGAUGUCGAAGAGCAUGGGCGCUUUCAUCCCCAACUUGACCAGAGGCGAGGUUGCAGCAUCGCAUUGGGCGUUGACUCAGACCCCCGAGGAGGUGAAUGGGAUUAUCCGCCAAUGGUUUGAGGGGCAGGGGUUGGGAAGAUCGCAGAGCAGUUUGUAA